AAGCCUAUUGAUAGCUAGCUUUCUCUCUCUACUCCUUUCUCUACCUCAUACCCUUUGUAAAGAUCUGUGGGCAUGGCAAAGAUUUCUAUGCCUUUGUUCCUAACUCUGCUGAUCUUUUGUCUACUAAGUUCUCCUACCAGUGCGAAGAGGAAAAUGGUAGGGAUAUAUGAACUUAAGAAAGGAGAUUUCUCAGUAAAAGUUACUAACUGGGGUGCAACCAUCAUCUCUGUAAUUGUCCCUGAUGCUAGAGGAAACUUGGAUGAUAUUGUUCUUGGUUAUGAUGGGAUUGGUCCUUAUAUCAACGAUACCACAUAUUUUGGAGCACUGGUAGGGCGAGUAGCGAAUAGAAUAUCAGGAUCUCGAUUCACUAUAAAUGGAACUGCAUACAGAUUAUAUCCUAAUGAUGGGAGAAAUUCAAUUCAUGGUGGGCAUAGAGGUUUCAGUAAAGUUAUCUGGACUGUAAAAGAGAAAGUUGAUGGUGAAUAUCCUUACAUCACUUUGUGCUUGCAUAGCUUUGAUGGAGAACAAGGUUUCCCAGGCGAUCUUGACGUAUUUGUCACAUACAGAGUAGAAGCCAACUACACUCUGAGUGUAUCAAUGCAAGCAAUGCCCCUAAACAAACCAACACCAGUGAACCUCGCCCAACACUCCUACUGGAAUCUCAAUGGCCACAACUCCACCACCACAAUCCUCUCCCACAUCAUCCAAAUCUUUGCUUCGCACAUUACUCCAGUCGACGAAACCCUCAUCCCCACAGGAGAAAUCGCCCCAAUCACCAAUACCUCCUUCGACUUCCUCCAACCGAAACCUGUAACAAGAGGCUACGACAUAAACUACGUUCUUGAUUCGGUGAUUGAUGCUAAGGGAAUGAGAAAGGUCUCUGUAGUUGAGGAUGAUAUCUCAGGGAGAGUGAUGGAGCUCUGGAGUAAUCAGGCUGGAGUGCAAUUUUAUACGGGGAGUUUUUUGGAGGGUGUUAAAGGGAAAAAUGGGGCUGUUUAUGGAAACUAUGGGGGGUUGUGUUUGGAGACCCAGGGGUUUCCUGAUGCAGUGAAUCAUGCAGAGUUUCCUGAUCAAGUUGUGAGAGUUGGAGAGGUUUAUGAACAUUACAUGGUGUACAAGUUUUCGGUUAAGUAGGAAACUAGUAAGAGGUAUUUCAGAAUAUAUAAUUUGGUGCUUUACCAUUAAUCUCAGUGUGUUGUAUACAAUGAAGGAUGUUUUAUGUUUUAUAUGAAACUUGUUUUUUUUUU